AUGUCAGGAUUAUCAGGCAAGGUCACGACAUACGGAAAGAAGAAGACUCAAAUCAUCUCAGUUCAUUCUGAUAUUUUGCACCCGGUCUCAUCAUCCCCUUUACCUCUGUCAAGGGUGAAACGACCAGUAUUACAAAGCAAAUUAUCAAAUGAUAUUACCAAUUUACCUCCUACACCACUGCCCUCGCGAAAAGGAGCCUCCAAUAAAGAGAAAGUCACAGUUAUCGAUGAUUCCCUUUCAAGUCCGGAGAUCAUAUUUAAAGCUAGAAAAGUAAAUCGACCAGGGAAAGUAGUCAUACCACGUUCACCAAGUCAUUCACCAAUCAAGAAGAAUUCAAGAAGGGUCCCAGAAAUUAUCAUACCUCUCAGGACUACAGCGAGAAAACCACUUGGCAGUUUAACAAAAAGAUUUAGUGAAAUCUCUAUCGUUGAUUCACCUGCUCCUGCUCUUGCGCCUAAAUCUAAAUCAGCCCAGUUACAACGUCCUUCUAUUCCCAAACGGACGAUACCAGACCCCCAAAUCGCAAUCGACGAAUUAUCAAAGACAUGUUCGUUUCCUACCGUACAUCAUUUCUCUUCUUUCCUUUCUCAAGGGGACUUACCAGAGUAUGGUGAAAUUCGAAAAGUGGGAGAAGCUUCCUAUUCGGAAGUAUUUGGUCUUACUUCCUCUACAAACUCAGACGAAAUCAAAUACGUCCUAAAAGUGAUACCGUUACUCUCCUUGACUCCUUCAGAGAAGAUAGUGGAUAAGCCUAUGCCCGAUAGCAGUAAGCCCGAAGACGUAAAGAAGGAAAUAGAAGUCACGAAAAGAAUGGGUCAAGUUCCCGGAGGGGGCUUUGUCGAGUUCAUUGCAGCGUAUAUGGUGCAAGGCGAAUACCCUGAAGCUUUAUUGGACAAAUGGGAUUUGUUCAAAGGUACAGAAGGUUCAGCAAGCGUCCGUCCAUCCGCACUCCCUGCUACGCAGAAAUACUGCCUUUUGGUACUUUCUCAUGCUGGAACUGAUCUCGAGACAUUCAAAUUUUCACAGAAUCAAGGAUGGCUUCAAGCCGCAGGCAUCUUUUGGCAAUUAGCUUCUUCUUUAGCAAGAGCAGAAAGAUGGACUGAAUUCGAGCAUCGCGAUCUGCAUGAAGGCCAAAUUCUGAUUCAACCAGUUUCGACGUCGUCAAGUGAUCAACAAGAGAAUUACUUGAACCCUGACUUAACGGGACUGAAACUCACCAUAAUCGACUUCGGUUUAUCGAGACUUUCGUUACCUUUACCUGGUAAAAAAGAUGAGUCGAAAUCGGUAUCUUUAUGGAAUGAAAUUCCUGAAGAGGUAUAUGAAGGUAAAGGAUUGCAGUGGGAUCUUUAUCGAUCAAUGAGAGAUAAGCUUCUAAUUGGAAAUAGCUGGGAUGGAUUUAACCCAAUUACCAAUGUAAUGUGGUUGCAUUACAUAAUCCGAUACAUGUUAACCAAACUUCGUCCACCUAAAUCACCAAAUAGGAGGUCAUCAAGAGCCACUGCAAUGUACCAACAAGAAGAGAAGGCUUAUUUGAUGUUAGGUCAAGUCGAGAAAGUCUUAGGGUGGAGUGUGGACUAUGAUGGUAUAGGAAAACGAAGAGGAUUAAGAGGUGAUGUUAAAGUUGUAUUUGAAAAGAAGUUGAUCAGUGUGCAAGAAGUAUUCACGUGGGGUCAACAACAAGGUUGGAUUACUGAAGCCUGA